AUCUACACUUCCCCUUUCCUUUUUCUAUGGAGGACAACGAGUGGGAGGCAAUUCAACCAUCCAGUUCCGCCACUGAAUCCGAUGAAGAAGACGUCGACGCGGUGGUCGUGACCAGACCCACCACCACCGGGUCCUCAGUUUUUGGCCCAAGCAAUCACGAGGGUUUACCUGUUUCCCCUCAACCGCCACAAGAUGACUACCUCCGAGAACCAGUUCCGGAAACGCCUUCAUCACCAUCAUCGUACUCGUCUUCAUCAACCGCGACUUCCACCGAGAUAGUUGAUGGCGAGUUGCCACAGCCACCCGAAGUAAGAAACACGCUAUUGAAGGCGAGUUUUGGGAUUUUAAGCUCUUGGGCUUUAAGGAUCGCAUACGGGAUACGUACCAGAACUGGAUUUUGGUCAAUUGCGUCGGUGGCAGCAAUUGUGGCCGUGAUGGCGUACGGAAGGCGAUGGCAGCGGUGGCGGAGGUUAGCUGAGAAAGAGAAUAAGGAUCAACUGGCGCUUCUCAUAAGUCGGAAGGAUGAGAAAAUAAAACAACUUCUACUCCAAAUUGAUCGAAUGAAUGAAGCCCUAUCAGCUCAACAAAGGGUUCCAGUGCUUCGGGUUGUGGUUGAUAGCCCACUCGUGAUCGGUCCAAGGGCAAAUUGGAAGCCAACCUGACAUUCUCCUGUAAGUUUUCUUCACAUUGCGAGUACAUCUUUUGAAAUUCAUAAUAAGGUUAGGAGUUGCAUAUAGCUUUCUUCAUGCAAACUGUCUCUCUACCCUUUAGGGUAGAUCUAUCUAAAGUUUGCAUAUAUCCUACCCUCCCCAUACCCUACCUUGGUGUGGAAUAUACUGAAUUUGUUUGGUUCAGUCGCAUAUGACUUGGCUUGUAUAUGCGGUGAAUUUGCAUAUGAACAUUUUUCAAACCUCCUCUUGAUGGAGUUUGUGAGUUGGAUCCCUUCUUUAUACAUGUAUAUGUACAAGUUUGGACUUUGGAAUGCUAUGAUUGAGUUGAUAUAAUUAGACUUUAUACCUGUCACGUGUUAUGAUCGAGAGAGUAUUU